AUGCACCGCAUCAAUGCCUUCCGUGGCUGGAAGGAACAGUUCAGAAAGAAUGAAGGUGGUGUUGAUCAACUUGCCGAAGGAUACAAAACUUUUGGAUUCCAGAGGCACGAGUCGGAACAGAAAUGGACAUUCACAGAGUGGCUUCCAGAAGCAAGAAGCGUCUUCCUGAUCGGAGAUUUCAACAACUGGGAGACUCGGAAAAUAUGCCCGACAGGUGAGUUUGGCCGUUGGAGCAUUGACUUGCCCGACAAGAGAGAUGGUCUCAGAAUACAAUCGGACCAUGGCUCCGUAGAUCGCGUGCCAGCCUGGACCAAGCUUGCCUGCAAGGACCUGAUCGGUGUCUUCAACGGUAUCAUGUGGGAGCCUCCUCCCUCAGAACGCUACGUCAUGAGACAUGCAAGGCCGCCCCGCCCUGCAAACCUGAAGAUUUACGAAGCCCACUUAGGCAUUGCAGGCACAGAGGAACGAAUACACACGCUCUUUGGCAGAACAUACGAAGCAAAAGAGGAGGGCAAAGGCUACCAGGUCACCAGCUUUUUCGCCCCAUCCAGCCGGUUUGGUACGCCAGAUGAGCUGAAGGAAUUGGUUGACACAGCUCACGCCUACGGCUUGACUGUGCUGAUGGACUUGGUCCAUUCACAUUGCUCUUCGAACCAGUCCAGCACCUGGUGGAAAGAAACAUGGAAAUUCGACGAUUUCGACGGCCUGUCGUGGCACGUUCUGAACUAUGCUAGAGAACCCGAGGCAUGGUGGUCACAAGGGCAAGCAGGAGUGGCUGGACUCUUCUGCUGUACUAUGCUGUGCUAUUCAGGGCUGACCGAGAGGUGUGUGUUGAAGCUUCAGGACCAAUGGCAUGCUUCGCUCUUCGACUAUGGUAAAUACGAGGAGUAUGGAUUCGAUGGAUUCCGCUUCGGUGGUGUUACUAGCAUGCUGCAACUUGACAGACGCAGCAACGGCACGGUUGACGGAAUGGCAUGGAGCGGAGAGUACAACGAAAGAGACGAAGACCUGUCUAGCAACGCUAUGAGCCUUGCAUCGCCUUUGCCGAAAGCCAUGAUCAGGCGCUCCGAAGGGAACUUAGGCGUGGUCAUUGAACGUGGUCUCGCCUUGCACAAAAUGAUUCGCAGCAAGCCCAGAGGGCGCUGCCCAGCUUUGGGCAUCCGUAGACUAGGAUUGGUCUGCAUGGGCCUGGGAGGAGAGGCGCGCGGGCAUUUUUUGGACCAGGCCUUUGAUGAAGCAAUGCUCGCACUGGAGAAUCGCUUCAAGUUCAUGGCCUCACCGCGGUACUUCUGUUCCCGCAAGGACGACUCGGACAAAGUCGUGGUCUUCGAGCAUGGAGAUUGCCUUUUCGUCUUCAACUUCCAUCCAAAACGUUCCUACACGGAGUACCGUGUUGGACACUCAUGGAACGAGAACAUGCGGGUUGUGCUUGAUUCAGACGAACCUUGUUUCGGCGGUCAGGAUCGACUUGCCUCAGCUCAUGAGACAUCUUUUCCACCUUUGGAUGGAUGGGACUCGAGGUACCACUCUGCCGAAAUGUUUCUUCCGAGCAGGACCGUGCAGGUCCUUGUACGUGAAUCCCUUCUGGAGGGCGGAGUGACAGUGGCUUGGAGAAUUUUGCAGUGA